CUCCCUCAUUCUGGCUCUGUUGCCAAGGCUACCGCACAGCCUCUUGCUGCAUAUAUACCUAGACGAAGCUGCCGCCUUGGGUCUCUCUCUCUCUCUCUCUCUCUCUCUCUCUCUCUCUCUCUCUCUCUCUCCUCCAGGAUACAAACAAAAGAAAACCCUUUCAGUCGCUUCGUUCCUCACGCAAACACUCACUCUUCGACUCUGCCUUUUCCCCCCCCACACACACACACACGUCCUCUGCCUCUCGGUGUCGGCCUGCGUCCUUUCUCACAUGCAAACACGCUCCAUCCCUUCACCCACACAGAGGAGCAGUAGAGGGGGUUGCGUUUGGCUCCCUGGUGUUUUGGCUCAAAAGGGGAAGCAGAGCGGCAGAUGGUGAUUUGAACACGGGCUCAGCCAGAUUUCACUCCGCCACACAAUGGCUGACAUCGGCUGGUUGCCACGGGAUACAGGAUUUAUCUUGAUCAUGUGAUCUGACUCCCACCAGUUCCCUGCCAUCUAUCAUAGGGGUAUCAUGACCCGCCGGCUGAACAGCUCCACCCGCUCCCACACUGAGGACUCCAUCUUCCUGAGGCCCGACGAGGACCCCGUCUGGCUGGAUGAGCCCACUAAGACUGAUAAAAUAGUCCCUGAACAAGAUGACCAAAAGAGGAAAGACGGACCUGCAGGGGGCCAAAGCCCUCCGGCAGAUGAUGUGCUCAUGCAAAAGCUGUAUUCCGUUGUGCUCGAAAUCAACUGCUGGGUCGCAUUGUUCGUCGUCUCUCAAGUCACGGGGUACUCUGUGUUUUUUCUAGCUGAAGGAAAUGGACCUCUUUCUUCACUUUUCAAAGCCUUGCAGAUCAUCGACUUCUACCUCGGCCUCAUUUUACAAUGCUGCCCAAUUUUUGGAACGGAGACCACGAUGUUGAUGAAGGAGGUUGUGAACACCAAAGAGCACAAAUGGAUUCUCAAUGGAACUGCAGUCAUUGGUUUUGCCAUCUGUGCUACCAUGGUUUACAACGCGGUGAGUAAGUGGCGCAGCGGCACCGGCUUGUGGUGGACCGGAACCGUGAGGCGGGACGUCGGCGAUCGGCGUCAGUCCGUCAGCCGGCAGCCCUCCUUCACCCUGUCGGAGUGGACCGACGCUCAGGAGGACCUGCUGGACAUGGAACCUGUGCCCCAGACGCCGGUCUUUGAAAUAGGCAAUGACGUCAAGACGGAGGGAGACGCCGCCACGCUCACUGUCGCGCCAGUGGGGCUUCAGGAGAGGAGGGGCUCCAACGUUUCCCUGACUUUGGACAUGUGUACACCGGGCUGCACUGAGCCCUACGGCUACGGAGGCCAGCUCUCCCCGAGAGACCAGACGGCCAAGGAGUACCUCCGGCAGGGAACGAACAGCCUGACCCCCGCCAUGCUACACACACGGGCCGUGGACGACCAAAGCCUGCAGGCUGAGUUCUAUGAAACUCCCAUGAACUUUGUGGACCCCAAGGAGUACAACUACCCAGGGCUGGUGAGAAAGAACCGCUACAAGACCAUCUUACCCAAUAUACACAGCCGAGUGAUCUUGAAGUCACAAGAUGAAGAUGAUUUCCUCACUACGUACAUCAAUGCUAAUUAUCUCAAAGGCUAUGGGGAUGAGCAGUGUGCCUACAUUGCCACCCAGGGUCCCACUGUGAACACAGUGGGGGACUUCUGGAGGAUGGUGUGGCAGGAGAGAAGCCCAAUCAUAGUGAUGAUCACCAACCUGGAAGAGAAGAACGAGAAAUGUGCAGAGUACUGGCCUGAGGACACUGUGACCCACGAGGGCAUCGAGAUCACUGUCAACACCGUAACCCAGGAGGACGACUACAGUCUGAGGGUGUUUACCUUAAAGUCUGGGGGAGAGGAGCGCAGUCUGCAGCAGUACUGGUACACCUCGUGGCCUGACCAGAAGACUCCAGACAAGGCUCCACCUCUUCUGGAGCUGGUGCAGGAAGUGGAAAGGGCCAGAGAGGAAGCCCCGCCCUCCAGUGGCCCCGUAAUCGUCCACUGCAGUGCUGGAAUUGGUCGAACCGGCUGCUUCAUUGCCACCUCCAUCCUGUGCAAGCAGCUGAGGACCGAGGGUGUGGUUGACAUCCUGAGAACCACCUGCCAGCUCCGUCUGGACAGAGGUGGGAUGAUCCAGACGUGCGAGCAGUACCAGUUUGUGCAUCAUGUCCUAAGCCUGUAUGAGAAGCAGCUGCCUCGCGCCGCUGAGGAGUAGAGCGAGCGCCACAGCCCCACUCGGACCCGAGACACACCACUGUACACUGUGCCACCUCCGGUGGUACGCACCACGGUACCUAGCAUCAUCUCAAUCUCACCCUUUAACAAGCUCAAACCACUAGUAGAUCUAAAAAUAUCCCAAGACCUGACAACAUUUUAUUUGCACUGUUUUAUAAAGACAAAUCCCACAACUGCUGAUGAGUCUAAAUCACCGGAACCUCAUCUUCUAUUUAGCCCCCUCAAGUACUGUAUUUUACAGUUAUCAAAAAGUUAAACUGGAGCUGAACUACCAACCGUUAAAGUGAGGCCACGUCAGAGUCAAUAAUCAGGGCCCGAGCCCAAUCAGUGCCAGCAUGAUUCAGAUCCACACAAAUGAUCAAAACACCACAUCAAUGUCAGGGUUCACCAGAAAUUGAAAUUGACCUACAUCUCCUCUCAUUCACUCCCAUUGACUCUCACUUUAAUGUAUAAAAAAAAAAAAAAAAAAUCAUGAUAGAAGGCCUGCUUCAACUUUCGAUGAUUUCAGGAGACACCUCAUCUUCAGGUUGCAUGGUGCUAAGUGUUCAUUAAAGGCAUGUGCAAUGUUAUGGAACAUAGGAAUGUAUAGCAAUUAGGUUAUUAAUUAAAUAAUUAGGAUUUGUGUGCAGUAUACUUUAUUACAGUUUUACCAUGCUGCCCGUGCAGUCCCCGUGGCCCAUGACGUUUACAGUAAACAACUCCUGCAUUGAAGCCACAUAGAGUCCGGGGCGUCACAGAGCCAGGGACACUGAG